ACUGUGAGCUCCGCCGAAGACCUAAAACACAUGCUCCACCACCUGGUGUAUUCUGAGGCUCAGGCUCAGAGAAGGGUGGGGUUUGUAUCUACACAACACUAGCCUUCCACACGACCGCUGGGUGUGGAAAAGUUAAAUCUGGCUCCCAGAGCUCCGGCUGGUGCCCCCACCCCACGGCAGACCCGCCCAGGUCUGCCUGAGCUCAGAGUCGGGGCCCCCAAGAGGGCUCCCCUUCCACCCCAGAGGAGAUGAAAGGAUAGCGGGCUAAGCAGUUGUCAAGUUUCCCCCGCAGGCAGUGGGCGGAGUUCCAAGAAAGGCUGGGCGGAGAGAGGGCUAGAGGGGAGGGCCGCCCGCUGCUAAACUCGCCUCCCUCUUCCAAGUUUCGCUAUGCUGUUCCGCUGCCUCCGUCGUCCCGCUCCGCUAAGUGAGGCUAACCCGGCAGAGGGGAGUCCGGAGAAAUGGCAAGAGGGACAGCGCAGCCAUCGAGGAGGUAAGAGAAAGGGGGAGACGAAGAAGAAAGGGGAGAAGCAGCAGAGAGGACCACUGGAAAGUAACGCCCUCGUCAUCCUGCCUCUCCAUCACCCCCUUCCCUCUCUGCCUCUUCCUGGUUCUCGGGCAGCAGCCAGGAGCCCCCGAUUGGGGAUUAGGGGGCAAAGGGAGGGGAAGCUCGAGACACCCUGAGGAGUACCGGGGGCAGGGACCGCGGGGUAGGGCGGGCUGGGGAGGGGCGGGAAGGACAGACAUGAAGAGCCGGCGGCGACGGCGCCGGCAGCAUCGAAAGCUCCUGUUCUUACUCGUUUUGUAUACUCUGGUCCUGCUGCUGCUGCCCUACGUCCUGGACAGCCGCAAGGGCGGCGAGGAGGCGGGCGUCCGGCGCUGCCCCAGCCUUUCGAGCAGCCUGGGAGUGUGGAGCCUGGAGGCGGCGGCUGCGGGCGAGAAGGAGGAGGCUAAAACUUUGACGGGGGCCGCAGGGGGAGCCCCGGAGAGCCUCCGGAACGGGAACGCCUCUGCCCGACGGCCGCCGCCGCAGCGCGAGAAGCAGCACAUCUACUUGCACGCCACUUGGCGGACCGGCUCGUCCUUCCUCGGGGAGCUUUUCAAUCAACACCCGGACGUGUUCUACCUGUACGAGCCCAUGUGGCACCUGUGGCAGGCGCUAUACCCGGGCGACGCGGAGAGCCUACAGGGAGCCUUGCGAGACAUGCUCCGCUCGCUCUUCCGCUGCGACUUCUCGGUGUUGCGGCUGUACUCUCCCCCGGGAGACCCCGCCGCUCCGGCCCCGGCCUCCGCCAACCUCACCACGGCCGCCCUCUUUGGCUGGAAGACCAACAAGGUCAUCUGCUCGGCGCCCCUGUGCCCGGCCGCCCCCAGGCCCCGGGCUGAGGUGGGGCUCAUCGACGGGGCCACCUGCGAGCGCAGCUGCCCGCCCGUGUCGCUGCGGGAGCUGGAGGCUGAGUGUCGGAAGUACCCGGUGGUGGUGAUCAAAGACGUUCGCCUGCUGGACCUGGGCGUGCUGGUGCCGCUGCUGCGGGACCCCGGCCUCAACCUCAAGGUCAUCCAGCUGUUUCGUGACCCGAGGGCGGUGCACAACUCACGCCUCAAGUCCAAGCAGGCUCUAGUGCGCGAGAGCAUCCAGGUGCUGCGCACCCGCCAGAAGGCGGACCGCUUCCACCGCCUGCUCCUGGCCCAAGGCGUCGGGGGCCGGCCCGGGGCGUCCCUGUUCCGGGCCCAACCUCCGGGGCCCCGAGCGGACUUCUUCCUCAGCGGGGCCCUGGAGGUGAUCUGCGAGGCGUGGCUGCGGGACUUGCUCUUCGAGGGGAGCUCUCCAGCCUGGCUGCGCAGGAGGUACACCCGGCUGCGCUACGAGGACCUUGUGCUGGAACCCCGCACCCAACUGGCUCGCCUGCUGCGCUUUGCGGGGUUGCCCACCCUGCCGGCCCUGGAGGCCUUUGCCCUCAAUAUGACUCGCGGCUCGGGUUACAACGCCGACCGACCCUUCCUCAUUUCGGCCCGGGACGCCCGGGAAGCGGUGCACGCGUGGAGGGAGCGGCUGAGUCAGGAGCAGGUGCGGCAAGUGGAGGUUUCCUGCGGUCAGGCUAUGCGCCUGCUAGCCUACCCGCUCAGUGGAGAGGAAGGAGGCGGCGGCGGCGGUGGAGGUGGAGGCGAGAAUGUCCCGGAAGGGAAGUCUCCGGGGGAGAAGCUGCAGAAUCAAGGGGAAGGCACUACAAAGCCGCGCCUCAGGUUGCAUCGGACAUCCUGCUUCAGGUCAAAAGCCUUUUUGGGGCUAGUCCUGAUAUGAUCCAACUUCGAUAAGUUUCCAAGUCUCACCAUUUAACUGCUAAAACAAGUUUGCCUCAUCAAUAAAUAAAACUGAAAGGAACUUGGGGAAGGAAAUGAAUGAUGUGUCAAGAGUUGCAGCCAGCAUAAAUCUCAGAUGUGUUAAACAUUAAAAAUCCACUCCUUACUGGGACAGGGACAACACCCCCAUGACAGAGGCAGCUGGGCUCCAGCUGACAUUUUUCUUUUAGUUGCAAAGAGGCCUCCCCAAG